AUGACGACCGAGACCCUGAACAUCAGCGAUGGCACCACCAUGGAGAUUGCUCGCCUGCCAGAUGUGGAUGACCAGACCUGGGAAGAGCUGAAGGUCUACGUCGAGGGCAAUCCGGAGACAGCAAAGACGCUGCAGAACUUUGCUAAGAACCCAGAUGCCAUGCGAGGAUGGCUGCAGACCCAGGCCAUAGCAGAGCAUUACAAUACCAAGCUGUCCAAUGGAGACACCCCAGUGCAGGACAAGGUGAAAUUCUUAGAAUCGGAUCCCGAGCUGGCGCCCAUUUUUGAGGACAUCAAGAAGAACGGCAUGGAGGCGGCCAUGAAGUAUUACCAGAACGAGGACCUGAUGCUGAAGAUCUCGCAGAAGAUGGGGGGAUUGCCUUCAGAGCUGGACCCCGUGCUCCAGAAGAUCGAUGACACCUCCAUGACCCUGCAUGAGGCUGCGAAGCGGGGAGACCUGGCAGCGGUGAAGAGCUUCUUGGAAAGGAAGAAACCGCUGGAUGCGCAGGACUUCAAAGGCAUCACUCCGCUGGGAUAUGCCAUUGGCGCCAACCGAAUUGCAGUGGUUAAGCUGCUGUUAGACAGCAGGGCCAACCCCUACGCUGUUGACAGCUCUGGCAACAGCGGCCUGCACUACGCGGCGGGCUACGGCAGAAGGGAACUCUUGGAAUACCUGCUGAAGGUGGGCGCUAAUGUGAACCAGCCGAACGCCCAGGGCAUGACACCGCUGGCAGCGGCCACGCAGAAUAAGCAGGAAGCAACCAUGCAGGUUCUGAGAGCACAUGGGGCUCAAUAA